UACAGUUGAGCACUGCAUAGAUAGAAAAAAUAUACCCUUUUUUUUCUUUCUCUAACCUAUCUAUUUGGUCUAACAAAUUAGAUUUUUCUAUACCUAUUCAAGCUUUGGCAUCACAUUGAGUUUGAGUCGCCAAACAGAGUACGUUGGGAGGAUCCCUUUUAAUUGUCCUAACUUGAUCUUGUGACCAGAGAGACUUAACUUACUUAGCCCAAAGGACAUUGAAGAGAGGCCUCCUACCUGAUGGACAGCACAGCAGUGUCCUAGACCAGCAUCUUGAAAUUAAGAAACAAAAACACCUGUGAAAGAAUCUGAGGAUUGCCUAUUGUGGUGGGUAUAGAUAAUCUACAUCGAAAGUAUUAGUAACUGCCUUAAAAGUCUAAGAAGAACCAUGGAGGACAGAAGCAGCUGCAACAAUGACCGGGAGCGCUUGGGAAUACGCUUCACCAUAGACUACCUGCUGUACAACAAGGACAGUAAGUGUAUGAGAGAAGAGCAAAAUAUUCCCGCAGUGGAGCAGACCCCUCAUAGCCUACUGGAGGGCCAGAGUCCUGACAUCCUCUCAGAGAGGAAAACGAUCAAACCUGGGAGCCCUGAGAAGGGGCCAGAGGGAGAAGAGGGGUCAGAAGAGGAGAAUGAAGAAGAGGAGGAGAUCAAAGGGGGAAAAGAUGAAGAGGAAACCACUACAGACAGCCCACAGGACAAGCCUUCCCAGUCCUACAUCUCCCUUAUCUCCAUGGCCAUACUUGCUUCAGAGGAGAAGAAGCUCUUGCUGUGUGACAUCUAUCAGUGGAUCAUGGAUAACUACCCCUACUUCAAGAGCAAGGAUAAGAACUGGAGGAACAGCGUCAGACACAACCUAUCCCUGAACGAGUGCUUUGUGAAGGCAGGUCGGAGUGACAAUGGUAAAGGCCAUUUCUGGGCCAUCCACCCUACUAACUUCCAGGACUUCUCCAAUGGGGACUACCAUCGCCGCCGAGCUCGCCGCAGGAUCCGCAGAGUAACAGGACAGCUCCCCUACGCCCUGCACACACCCUAUUACCCCCUCCAUAGGCCCAGGGGGGUGUGGUGCUGGUGCUGUCCCCCAGCCCACCCUCUGUCUUACGUCUCAGCCAGGAUCUAUUGGAGCUGGGCCAGCCUGCAGACCAGACGACACCCAGCCACGCUCCGGUUCAAUAGCACCACAUAGAAUUGGAUGCAUGUUGGAUGUUGGUCUGUUCUUUAUAUGACAGGUGGCUGAGAGAGAUGUAUUGAGUAUGAUUGUGAAAUCUGUGGCUGGCUGGCACAAAUAAGAGUACCAAAGCACCAAAGUACGAUUUUGCACAAUUUUUGUUUGAAAUGUAAUACAUCAAAUUUGUAUUGUGAUAGUAUACAUGUAUAUUGUAUUUGAUGAAUUCUGUAUAUGAAGAAAAUGAAUUGUAAAUAUACUGAUGAAGAUAUUGCAAUAUUUUAUAUAUCUUGCACAAUUUCAAAUAAAUAAACAAAAAACUCA